AUGUCCGCACUCGAAGAUAACGACCAUCCUCGGCGCGUACUCAGUGGCUUCAUGAGCUAUAGCGCUGACACAGGCCAUCCGCCAACCACCUCGAGCGGCGGCGAGUCACGACAGCAACAUAUGAUGCCCCGACGUGCACCAAUGGCAGCAGCAUCAAAGCUCAUCAUUGAUUGUACACCAUGCAAUGCUCAUGCUGAACAGCCGCUGGACCUCGCCGUCACCGCCGCGCAUACUCGAGCUGACUCGCCAACGUCCACGAUCGAAGACAGCAACCUCGACAGGCGUCAGGACAGCCACAGCUUCAAGACAGCGCACCACAAUGCCGACAUCAAGAUCGACCUGUCACGGCCUUUGUGCGAUUUUGACCUCAUCGCCGCGGUCUGCACGUGUGGACCGGACAAAUCAAGAGCUGGACACGGACAAAUUCGUUUUGCCGGAAGCUGUUCCCGCGACACGAGCCUCCGUCCAUUUCUCCGCCUUGAGCAAGAGCAACGACCUCAGCUCCGCACUCUGCCAAGCCACCAUAAAGGAACGGAACCAAAAUCACCCAGCCUGAACAUCAAUUCCAUGCUGCACGGCAUGGGCAUUGCAAUCACCACCACUCGCCACCUUCAGGCGGGUGGUGGAGAUGGCCAUGCAUUGUUGCCCUCUUCCCCCUUCACUUCUCUGGCAUCCCUCCAGGAUGUCUACGUCAACACCAAGAGACAACCUUCAAGACCAGCCCUUCCAGAAUACAUUUUGACAGCUCUACUGGCACUGGCACUGGCACUGGUGAGCCUCAUCGCCCAGGUCCUUUAUCAUUUCCUGGCUUUUACUCGGGCCCAUCUUUUCUGGCGCUGGUCUUCACUUCGGCAGUCCUGCUUUCUCGAUCCUUUCCUGUAUGGUGAGCCUUCGGCCCAUGCAACAACACUGUUCCCACUCCCCUAUCACACAUCCUGCCAACAGGUAUGCCAUGGUGAGCCUUCGGCCCAUGCAGCACCAGUGGUUUCCCACUCCAUCUAUCACACAUCCGCCAACAGUCAUGCUAUGCAUGGGUGUGGCUUCACAGAGAUGGGGCAUCAGGCAGCACAUUGCUUGAAACCACACAAAUCCGAUCAUGGUGCACUUGUUGCCCGAGCCUCCGGCUGGUUAGCUGUCGCGCCACGUCAUUGCUCUGGUUUCACUGCAUCUCUGUCCGCGUCGCUCUGGGGGUUCUUACUCUGCUUGGGAGUCCGAGAUGCACGAUCAUCUUCUGCUUUGCAGAUCAGCCUCGACCUGCCCGGUCUUUGUGAGAAGGUUCGCCAUCUUCGGAUACUGCGCUUUGACCUCUCCGUCUGGACGUCAUGUAAGCCGGAAGUGAGUAAUUUGGCUUGA